AUUCCGAAAGCCUUGACAUUGCAUAUAAUAAUUUUGCCCCUUUAACUCUCAUCCUCUCCUUAGGCUUAUUAUCUUCUCCAUUUAAUUACUUUAUGAUCUCUUGGCAUAGUUGUUGAAGUACAAUUACCCGAUUUAAAGGCAAGUGGCUGUUCGGGUAGAGAGAGAAAGAGAGAAAGGAGAGAGGGCUAGAGAGAGUAAGAAGCUUUUUCACCUAUAUAGAUUGCUCUCAUCUUCUAUCUAUUCUUCAACAAAAACAACUUGUUCGAACUAUAUCUCCCAUCGAUCAUGGCUAACUCUGUGAUGGCAACGGAGCAACUCUGCUACAUCCCUUGCAACUUUUGCAACAUAGUUCUUGCGGUGAGUGUCCCAUGCAGUAGUCUGUUCGACAUCGUGACUGUCCGAUGCGGUCACUGCACUAAUCUGUGGUCUGUAAACAUGGCAGCUGCUCUUCAGUCGCUUUCACGACCUUAUUUCCAGGCAACGAACAAUGCAGUACCAGAAUAUGGAUCUUCCUCACGAGGUCACACCAAAAUUCCUUCCAGGAUUUCAACUCGUACCAAAACUGAGCAAAGGAUUCUAAACCGUUCUACGGAGAAGCCGCAGCGAGUACAUUCUGCGUACAAUCAAUUUAUAAAGGAGGAAAUUCAGAGGAUUAAGGCGAAUAAUCCAGACAUAAGCCACAGAGAAGCAUUCAGCACCGCCGCCAAAAAUUGGGCACACUUUCCUCAUAUUCACUUCGGUCUAAUGCUUGAGAGCAACAAGCAAGCCAAGCUAGCUUAAUAAUUCUGGCGGUUAAUGAAAAUGAGUGUUGGAGCUUUGAUGUAACAAGAGCUGAUAAGGAAACUAUAUAAUAUGUCUAAAUAUAUCUAUAUUGUAUGAUCUUGGAUGUAAGUGAAGAUAUCAAUCUUGAAGACCAUAUGUAUAUAUAUAAUUUAGUAAUAAGGUUCUUAUGAAUUAUCUUUUAUGGCACUUAUAUGGUUCGUCUCACAAGAUUUUUGAUUUC